CUAUCCCUUUUAAUUUCCUAUCUCAUCAUUUCCUUCUUUCUCUCUGUCUCACUCACAGUCUAACGGCCGACGUGUUCCGUCACCGUCACAUCAGGAGUUCCAGCCGUUAUUUAACGCCGGUCGUUGACGCCGUUAACUCCAACUUCUUGUCUUUCUCUGGCGCUCAGUUUCUUCACUUUGUCUGGAUAAUCUUGUCUAAGGCCCUUAAAUUUCGGGGGAAAUUUUGUUUUUUAAUUUUGAAUUUUGAAAAAUUUGAACUUUCCUGAGUAAACUCAGAAUCUCUCCUUUAAUGGUUCUUUGAGGUCCCAUUCAAAGCUUGUUAUAAAAGAUCGGGAUUAGCUCCAGAAAUUUUCAUGAGCUAAAGCUAGCAGUUCUUGUUGAUGAUAUAUAGAGAUGAAGAAGCUGUUUUUCUUCAAAUCUUCCUCUAGCAAUGGUAACAGCAAUGCUGUUCCUUCACCUUCAGCAGAUAAGCAAGUUUACUGGGAAAACCCGUUGGAUCGUGAGUUAAAUGAUCAACUUGGAGACAAGGCUGACUACAGUUUUCGCAGUCCGAGACGUUUGUUCGGAAAAUCUGGAAAGCAAAUAUCUGAUAGCCCAAGCUUUAGUAACAGUUCAUGUCUUCGAAGGAGUCGUUCUUUGUCAUCAGCUGCCUUUCUUGUUGAUGGGCUAGGUCAGCAACAUUUUUCUUCCUCAAAUGAUCAAAAUAGGUCUCCUAAUAUUACUCCACAUCAGCAGUAUGACCACUCAUCUCGGCGUAGGGCUCUUACUCCUGAGAAGAAAUCUAAGGCUAAACGAUGUGAAGUGGCAGCUGUUGGUUUUGAGCGGCCCUGUUCUUCCAGUUUUUCAAGGAUGCACCAUGAUUCAUCUGGAAGCUCUUCGUCUUGCUCUAGCAAUGUGUCAAGUAAAGUUAUAGACCGCUAUAUUGAUGGAGAACAGCAGCAGGAAAGUAGCAAGUCCAAGAACAGUUCACAAAGAAAUAAUCUUCGAAAUGGUGGUGGGAGGCUUCCCCCACGAGUUCAAUAUACAGCCCCUUCAUCUCCAACAGAUAGUGUUAAAGAGAAAAAUGUGUCUCAUUCAUUUAGGGAAGCUAAAGGCACACGUCUUCACUUCUCAUCUAAAGACUGGGUGGAAAACGGGUUUGGGCAUGAGUCACCACGGAAGAUUGCAAAGAACGUGGUUGAGAGGCUUUCACAGACUCAUGCUGUCCCCAGAUCAAGUUCAAAGGAAUUCAACCAUCAUAUUCCAAUCACAACUGAAGAUGUAUAUGGUGGUUACUUGAAUAGAUGCCCUGAUUCCAAAUUGGAUAUGUUUGCCCAAAAAAGCUGUGUAAUGGAUGAGCCUUACGCAAAUGUUAUUGGAUAUCAUGAGGAUUUCUCAAGCUUGGAGAAGCAAAAUUGUUUAUCUGGGGGCAGUGAUGAUGGUUUGGACUCUUUUGAAACAGAAGAGGAUGCAGAUGUGGAGCUACAAAGAAGAUCUAAAGAAGCUGAGGAGAGGGUCAUACUUCUUUCUGAAGCUCUUGCGCAGGAAAGCUUUUUACGGGAUAGUGGUUUUGAUGUUUCAUCACUCAUUCAGACCAUUAGACACCUAAUACAGGAGAAAAUAAACUUGGCACUUGAGGUGUCAGAUCUUCUACAAUCUAGAAUUGCUGAGAGAGCUUUUGCUAGGGAGGAACUGAGAAUGGCAAGGGCAGAAUUGGAGUCACAGACCAAAAAAUUGGAGAAGGAAAAGCAUGAGUUACAGUCGGGAUUGGAAAAAGAGUUAGACAGAAGGUCAAGUGAUUGGUCAUUUAAGCUUGAGAAGUACCAGUUAGAAGAGCAAAGGCUUCGUGAACGAGUUCGAGAGCUAGCAGAGCAAAACGUUUCACUUCAGAGAGAAGUCUCUUCCUUUAAUGAGAAGGAAAUAGAAAACAGGAGCAUUAUGACAUAUUCAGCAGAACAACUUAAAGAUUUGACUAGAAGGGUGGAAGAGAUAAGUGAAGAGAAUCAGGAUCUAAGGCAAAAUCUCUCUGAGUCACAACAGAAGUAUAGAGCAGCAAUAGAAGAUCUAGAUUGCAUUAGACGAAAUUUUGAAGAGAAAGAGAAAGAGUGCAAGGAGUUGCAAAAGUCCACUACAAGGUUACUGAGAACCUGCAGUGAGCAAGAGAAAACAAUUGAAGGGUUGCGAGAAGGAUACAGUGAGGAUAUUGGGAAGAUGCAAUCGAUGGAAAAGAAUGAAAAGCAGGUGAAAAAAUUGCAAAUGGAGCAAAUGAGGUUGACUGGAGUAGAAUUAGCAUUAAGAAGGGAAGUGGAGUCUUAUAGACUUGAAGUUGGUUCUCUUCGGCAUGAGAAUAUCGACUUGUUGAAUCGCUUAAAAGGUAAUGGAAAAGACAUUGGUGCUUUAACCUUCAAGCUAGACAAGGAAAUGCGGAGUCGUGUAUGCUGUUUGCAGAAUCAGGGACUCUCUAUGCUUAAUGAGAGCACUCACUUGUCUUCCAAGUUAAUUGAGUUCAUCAAGGGAAGAGCCAGUCAGCUUCAAGAAACUCACCAGGGUCUGGAUGGUCAAUUUAUUGUUGAAUCUGAUGUGAAAGUGCAAGGCUUUAAACGUGGAAUUGAAAGCCUAACAAGGAGUUUGCAGACAAUAGCCAAUUUGCUGCAUGAGAAAUCCAGUGCAGUUGGCUCGAAGUGUCACUCGGCAUGUAUGGAUCCUGAUGGGUCAAUGAAACUCAACAAUCAAUCAUCAGAGGAGAUUAUAAGAACUGAGCUUAAAGCAGAAACGCUGCUUACAAGUUUGUUGAGGGAAAAACUAUAUUCAAAAGAGCUGGAAGUAGAGCAGUUGCAAGCUGAGCUGGCAGCAGGUGUGCGAGGUAAUGACAUCCUUAGAUGUGAAGUACAAAAUGCAAUGGACAACAUUUCCUGCCUCACCCACAGGUUGAAGGAUCUUGAACUGCAGAUACUGAAGAAAGACGAUAACAUAAGCCAUCUUCAGAAUGACUUGAAGGAAUCAACAAAAGAACUAACCAUCUUGAGGGGGAUACUGCCUAAGGUUUCCCAAGAGAGAGAUUUGAUUUGGGAAGAGGUGAAGCAGUAUAGUGAGAAGAACAUGCUUUUGAACUCAGAGGUUAAUGUGUUGAAAAAGAAGAUAGAAGCUCUGGAUGAGGAUAUACUCCUAAAGGAAGGUCAGAUUACAAUCUUGAAAGACACUCUAAACAACAACAAAACUUUUGACCUUCUUGGCAGUCCUGAUUCUACGCGGGAAUUCCUCCUGGAAUGAUUGACAGAAAGGUUGGUUUUGGUUUGUGGGUGGAUAAUCACACUGUUCAUAGCCUUAUACUUUUUGAAUUCCUGUUCUUGAGGUUGCUUUUAUCUUUCUUCUUUUCUGUUUUCUUUAUGAAGUCUAGGGUGAGCAGCAAGUGAAAAAAGGGGGCACACACACACCUUGAUUCUUUUGUUAUAGAUUAAAGUCUUGUUACCAAAUUGUAUGUAGGUUGGUUUUCAUCUCAUAAAACCAGAAGAAUUAUGAUCUUCUUCUAGUAUGGGGUUUGCAUUGAUUGUGUUCAUCCUUGUGUAAAUGCAAAAUAUAGAUGCGUUUCUUGAUUUAGACAAA